UGGGCGGGCGAGGUCGCACCUGGCUGGCACCUGGCGCUCGAUCGGCGACAGACGCGGGCUGCGCGCAACUGGCCAGCUCCUCUCCUCCCGCCCCUCGCCCACCGCCAUGGACGGGCCCUGCGCCCCGUUGAUGUCGGACUACUUCGAGAACAACAUCCCGGAGAUCAGCACGAAGCUGCUGGGCGAAUACUUCAGGUACAAGGGCGUCCCCUUCCCCGUUGGCCUCUACUCGCCUGAGAGCGUCAGUCUGACUGAGAAUACCCAGGAUGUGCAUGACGACGACAUCUUCAUCGUUACCUACCCCAAGUCAGGCACCUCCUGGAUGAUCGAGAUCCUCAGCCUAAUCCUGAAGGACGGGGACCCCUCCUGGAUCCACUCGGUGCCCAUCUGGGAGCGCGCGCCCUGGUGCGAGACCAUCAUGGGCGCCUUCACUCUCCCGGACCAGCCCAGGCCGCGUCUUCUGAGCUCCCACCUCCCCGUGCACAUCUUCCCCAAGGCCGCUUUCGCCUCCAAGGCCAAGGUGAUCUACCUCGCCCGGAACCCCCGCGAUGUCCUGGUGUCCUUCUACCAUUACUCCAAGAUUGCCCAGCAGCUGAAGGACCCGGGUACGCCCGACCAGUUCCUGCAGGACUUCCUCAAAGGCGAAGUGCAGUUCGGCUCCUGGUUCGACCACAUUAAGGGCUGGAUCCGGAUGCAGGGCGAAGAGAACUUCCUAUUCCUCACCUAUGAGGAGCUCCAGCAGGACCUCCAUGGCUCCGUGCAGCGUGUCUGCGAGUUCCUGGGCCGGCCGCUGGGCGAGGAGGCGCUGGGCUCCGUGGUGGCGCACUCAGCCUUCGGCGCCAUGAAAGCCAACACCAUGUCCAACUACACGCUGCUGCCCCCCAGCCUGCUGGACCACCGCCGCGGGGCCUUCCUCCGCAGAGGGGUCAGCGGCGACUGGAAGAACCACUUCACAGUGGCACAGAGCGAGGCCUUCAACCGCGUCUACCGAGUGCAGAUGCGGGGGAUGCCGACCUUCCCCUGGGACAAGGACCUGGGGGACAACGGCCUGGACCCUGAGCCUGAGCCUGAGCCCGAGACCGGCCCUGGCUCCGGCAAGGACUCCGAACGCCCCCACCAGUGACCCUGACAAUAAAUGCUUAGCUGUA